CCGCGCCCAAGCGCACCAGCGUUGUCCUUUGGCGGGAAAACCCCAAGGUCACCGAUUUCGGUAGGCCCCACCGUGCAGUGACUCUCAUCAACAAUAGCAAAGGAGUCGCAAAGACCCUCUCCUUUUCAUUUCUCCCCCAAACCUUUUCGCCCUUCGCCGGCGGCGGCGGCGGCGGCGGCGCAGCGAGGCGGCGAUGCCUCCCAAAUCUGAUAGCGUCGAAGGAAUCGUCCUCAGCUUCGUCAAUGAGCAAAAUAGGCCAUUGAAUUCUCAGAAUGUAGCCGAUGCGUUGCAAAAGUUUAGCCUCAAGAAGACCGCAGUGCAAAAGGCAUUGGAUGCAUUGGCUGACAGUGGACAGAUUUCCUUCAAGGAGUAUGGCAAGCAGAAAAUAUAUCUUGCUCGUCAAGAUCAAUUCAACAUCCCAAAUGGGGAAGAACUUGAGGAGAUGAAGAAAGCAAAUAUCAAGCUACAGGAAGAACUUGCGGAUCAAAAGAAAGCAAUUAGUGAGGUAGAAUCUGAGGUACGAGGUCUGCAGUCAAACUUGACUUUAGCAGAGAUCAAGUCAAAGGAAGCUAAAUUGCAAAGAGAAGUCCAGGAAAUGGAAGAGAAACUAAAUAAAUUGAGGAAUGGUGUUAUCUUGGUGAAACCUGAGGACAAGAAGAUUAUUGAAGAGAGCUUCUCUGAGAAAGUUAACCAGUGGAGAAAGCGAAAGAGGAUGUUCAAGGAGCUAUGGGAUAAUAUCACUGAGAAUAGCCCUAAAGACCAGAAGGAAUUUAAGGAAGAGCUUGGUCUCGAGUAUGAUGAAGAUGUCGGUGUUAACUUGCAGUCUUACAGUGACAUGCUGACGAGUCUCAGUAAAAGAAGGAAAGUAUCCCGCUGAUCAUCCAGCAUGGGAGUUUCUCAAAUCAAAUGUAGGUUACAUGAGAGAAGUUUUACCAGCUACAGGCCUACAGUUCAUGAAUACUCGUAGUCCAGACCCGGUCAUAUCUGCUGUUGAAAUUUCUAGUUAAUGCAUAUAAGUUAGUAGUAUCGCUGCAUUAGUUUAUUUCCCCAGAGGUAACGAGAUUAGAGGAAUAUUUUGGUCCCAGUUGUUGUAAUAUAAAAUCAAUCCAUCCUCUAAUAUAUCUACAAUCAAUGAUGAAACCUGCCAUCAAUAUACAAUGCUGACU